AUGUCGUGGUAUUCUAAUAUCCUCACCAACACAACCUCGCGCAUCAACAACCUACAGCGCAGCUUUCUCGGCGGCGAAACAGACGGCGACACCGAAGACGACACUCACGUCUGUCGAGUUCUACGAAACUACUACACCGAAAAAGGCCGUCCCUUUCCCGGCUGGCUCCCACCCGACCCCAAGGCCCCGCCGCCCGCCCAGCCCGUCCUCGCCCAGCAAAGUGGCGUCGGGUCACGCUAUGGCGGUCUCACACAACAGGGCGGAGGUAGUCUGAGCAGUCUCUGGGACAACAACCCGGUGUCCCAGCCACAAGAUUCCCAGAGUCUGAGGCAAGGAAGAGGAGCACCGCCCCCCAUGCGGCGUAAUGAUCCGAGGGCGAACCCGAACAACCCCUUCAACAGCAGUGCGCCUGGUGCUGGCGGAGCAGGCGGGGCAGGCGGGGGACGAGACGACGUGCAGGCAAGGCCGCUGCCGAGCCAGAGAGCUGGCAGCUACCAGAGCGCCGGGAGUGCGCAAACACCACCAGCAGGUUCGGGUGCCGGCAGCGCGCAAGAUCGGCUGCGGCAGAGGCUUUGGGGAGGGUCGAGGACGGCCAGCCCAGCCGCUGCCGGGCCUUUCAACCCGCCGCCGCAGCAAAGCAGUUCCAAGGGCGGUGGAAGUAUGGACGACUACGAAUCACGGUUCAGCCCAGGUGGCAUGUACGAUGCGACCUCUAACCGAGGUGGCGAUAAACCAUUCAUGGCUGCCAACUCGCCCUGGGCCAGCGACGAAAGCCAGAUGUAUGGUGGCGGGGGAGGCGGAGGCAGUGGCAGAUCCGGGGGCUUGCCAGGAGGGAAUAGGAGGGCGGGUUUGCCUAGUGGCCCUCGUAUGAGAUGA